AUGACUCAACAGGGAAUUGCGAAAUUCUUUGGAGGAAAAGAUAUUGAGUCUACAAAGAAGAACGCUAUUGUACGCAAGCAAGUCAACGUAAAUAUAUCAGAUUUUGACAACGUUUUCAAGGAUGUUGAAAUCCCAACUGUCGAAGGUUACAAUAUUCCUCGAGAUGUCGUUGGAUAUGUAGCCUGGAACAGAGGAGAUCCAAUUCCAUUCACAUUUAUUACAAAAAUGGUCGAUGAGCUCGAACCAUUAACUGGAAAGCUCGAAAUUAACGAUUUACUCUGCAAAUACUUCUUGGCAAUCCUCAUGACAACACCAAAGGACAUUGUCCCAUUCGUAUUUUUAUGUCUCGGACAACUUCGUCCCAAUCAUGAAGGUGUUAAAAUUAACAUUGGCCAGGAAAGUAUUAUUUCUGCUCUCGGCGACAAAAAAGUUGUGAAAGAGAAGCUGAAGAAAGAAGGUGACCUUUCCAAGGUUGCUCAGCAGAUCAGAUCCACACAAAAAUCAAUGACAUCAAUGUUCGGCAAAGUCAACGAAGCAUAUACAAUUACCGGCGUCUACAAAGAAUUCCUCAAGAUGGCAGGAUUCCAAGGUGCCAACUCAGAUCGCAAUAGAACACAAACAAUCCAGAAAUUAUUAACAAAUUGCAAACCAGAAGAAGUCAAAUGCAUUGUUCGUAUGCUUGAGUGCAAACUUAGAGUUGGCGCUGCACAUGAAUCAUUCUUAUUUGCUUUAGGUAUGGCAUUCCGCCGCCGCGAGUACAUCAUGGGAAUGAUUAAGAACAAUCCUGAUGAAGAAGACCUUAAAGAUCAUGGCCACUUGUUCCGUGAGAUCUACUACAGAUACCCAAUCAUCGACGAGAUCCUUGUUGAGUUUCUCAGAGGCAGUUUCAAGGGAGCAGAGAAGAAUAUCAACAUCAAAGUUGGAAUUCCUGCAAUGCCAAUGCUUGCUAAGCCAGCAAAGAAACUCGAUGAAAUCAAGAGACGUCUUGGCGAUGGAAGAAUCACAGGCGAAUACAAGUACGAUGGCGAAAGAGCUCAAAUUCAUAAGAACAAAGAAGGCAAAGUCAGAAUUUUCUCAAGAAGUGCAGAAGAUUCUACUGCUAAGUUUGCAGAUGUUGCUGAUAUCAUCACAGACAAUGUUAAGGGUGAACAAUACAUCUUAGACUCCGAGAUUGUUGCCUAUGAUCCAGAGAAACACGUAAUUUUGCCAUUCCAAACUUUGAUGAAUCGUCCAAAGAAAGGAACAGAUACUCCAUCUGCAAUUCAUGUUUGUGUUUGUGCAUUCGACUUGCUUUCCUACAAUGGAGUAAGUAUGUUAGAUGAACCACUCGAGAAGCGCAGAGAUAAGUUGCAUGAAAUCGUUACUGUUGUUCCAACGAAAUUGCAGUUGGCAACAUACAAGAAUGCUUCAAAGAUCGAAGAUCUUGGCGACUUCUUCGAAGAAGCUGUUAGCAACAGAACAGAAGGACUCAUGGUCAAGACACUCAAUGGAAGAUACGAGUGCGGAAAGAGAGCAAUGAGUUGGGCAAAGUUGAAGAAGGAUUACAUCAGCAAAGAAGUCUUCAAAGGUGGCGUUGCAGAAGAAAUUCCUCCAGAUACUAUUGAUGUCGUUGUCAUCGGUGCUACAUAUGGCAAAGGCAAGAGAACAUCUGUUUAUGGUGCUUUCCUUGUUGGCGUUUAUAACAAUGUUACAGGCAAGGUUGAAUCUCUUUGCUUUGUCGGCACAGGUUUCAAGGAAGAUGAUCUCAAGGAAUUUUAUGAGAAAUUACAUCCACUCGAAAUGGAGAAGUGCCCAGACAAUGUUGACUGCAGGCCAUUAGACCAAGAUCCAGUUUUCUUCAAGCCAGAGCUCGUUUGGGAAAUUCAAGUUGCAGAUAUCCAAACAACACCAACUUACAGCGCUUGCUGGGGUGAAUUAGGCGAGAAAGGCCUCACAAUCAGAUUUGGAAGAUACUAUAGAACUAGAACAGAUAAGACAUGGGAACAAUCUACAUCGACAGAGCAAUUACUUGAGCUCUAUCAUCAACAAUUUGAGAAAUAA